AUGCUAAAGAUCAUCCUACCAACAAUCAUACUCUUGCCCACAGCCCUCUUAUCCCCAGCAAAAUCCAUAUGAACUAACACCACAAUAUACAGCCUUCUAAUCGCCUCGAUCAGCCUACACUGACUAACCCCAUCAUACUACCCCACAAAAACCCUAACCCUCUGAACAGGCAUAGACCAAAUCUCAACUCCCCUCUUAGUACUCUCCUGCUGGUUUCUCCCCCUCAUAAUUAUAGCUAGCCAAGGCCACCUACAACAUGAACCCCACAAACGAAAACGAAUAUUCAUCUCCACCUUAAUCAUCAUCCAACCAUUCAUCAUCCUAGCCUUCUCAGCAACUGAACUCAUACUAUUCUACAUCUCAUUCGAAGCAACCCUAAUCCCAACCCUCAUCUUAAUCACACGCUGAGGAAACCAACCAGAACGACUUAGCGCAGGCAUUUACCUUCUAUUCUAUACCCUAAUUAGCUCUCUUCCCCUACUAGUCUCCAUCCUCUACCUUCACACAAAUACUGGAACCCUCCACCUACCCAUUAUCAAACUCACCCACCCCAACCUACCUGCCUCCUGAACAAGCUUAUUAUCUAGCCUAGCUCUCCUAAUAGCCUUUAUAGUCAAAGCACCCCUAUACGGACUACACCUAUGACUGCCUAAAGCCCAUGUAGAAGCACCAAUCGCAGGCUCCAUACUACUUGCUGCUCUACUACUAAAACUAGGCGGAUAUGGCAUCAUACGAGUCACCCUCCUAAUGGAGCCCGUAUCCAACUUCUUACACUACCCCUUCCUCACCCUAGCCCUAUGAGGUGCCCUAAUAACUAGCUCUAUCUGCUUACGCCAAACAGACCUAAAAUCCCUCAUUGCCUACUCAUCCGUAAGCCAUAUGGGCCUAGUCAUCGCUGCAAGUAUAAUCCAAACCCAAUGAUCAUUCUCAGGUGCAAUAAUCCUCAUAAUCUCCCAUGGACUAACCUCUUCCCUUUUAUUCUGCCUAGCAAACACAAACUACGAACGGACACACAGCCGCAUUCUUAUCCUGACACGAGGCCUCCAACCCCUCCUACCAUUGAUAUCAGUAUGAUGAUUACUAGCCAACUUAACCAACAUGGCCCUGCCCCCAACCACCAACCUGAUAGCAGAACUAACAAUUAUAGUUGCCCUCUUCAACUGAUCCUCCCCCACAAUUAUCUUAACCGGCACUGCAACACUCCUAACCGCCUCUUACACCCUCUACAUACUACUCUCAACCCAACGAGGCACUCUUCCAUCCCACAUCACAACAACCCCCAACUCAAACACUCGAGAACAUCUUCUCAUAACCCUCCACAUCAUCCCCAUACUAACACUCAUCCUCAAACCAGAACUAAUCUCAGGAACCCCUCUAU